AUGUCAGUGGAGGAUCAACGCGAAUUGGGCCUCUUCCAGAACUUCAUGACACCGCCGGCGGGCAUGGACGCAGCUCAACUCAAGCGCCGACGGGGGGAGGAGCCGGAGGCACAACAAGCCCUAUUCCUGAACCACUCGUCCGGCUCCCAGGCCUCAGCGUCGACCAUGACGUUCGCCAGCACGAGCUCGGAACCCAAGGGCAAAGGGAAGGGCAAGCAGCCCAAGGGCAAAGGACGGGGCAAAGGGGGCAAAUCACGCCCAGCUGCCCAACAGUCGUGGAACGACCAAUGGAGCUCGGAUCAGUCUUGGUCCAGCGGCCACUCCUGGACUUCCUCCGGCGACCUGACCGGUCAAAUGGCCCGCCUCCUUCUCCGCCACGAGCAGCAGCUGCAGAGCAUCCAACAGGACUGCAAGCUGCAUCUCUAUCUCCGCAGUGGGAAGGAAUCCUUUCUUCCCAAUCUAUGCGAGAUUGCAAAGGAAUGGAGCCGCCUUCGUCGCGACGAACCGGGGAAGAUCAACAGUCCGCUGCGCACUCUCCUCCUCAAAGCCACCUUGCAGGAGAUGGAGACCCGGAUCAAGCUCACCAUCAGCAAGGAGAAGCAGGCGACCAUCGACAUGCAGUGGUACAAGGAGGAGGAGGGCUGGACUUACAUGCAGUGGAAUGCACAAAAAGGACAGCUCGAACUUCAAGCUGCUCCGAGUCCACUUGCCACCGAGACCCUCAUCGAACUCCUCCGAGAGCUUCGCACCCUUGUGAAUCCGGACUCUGUGAAGAAAUUCGCGUCACUCCGCGGACUUCCACAGGAACCUCAGUCCGAAUGGAUCCACUUUCAGCUGGAGCUCGGGUUUCGUCCACAGGGGGAUCGCAUGUGGGAAAUCUUUCAAAUGCUGCUCAACCAGAGUUGCCUCCAUCCUCUCGGAGCCUUGCGGCCCAAAUUCAACAGGCGGUCGGAGGCUGGUGAAAUCAACCACUCCAUUGGCCUCGACCUCAGCCUCUUCCGGCAUACGUCGGACCUUCGACUGAUGCGCAACAUGUGCUGGACUAUGUUGCUGGGGAACUGGGCCAGGCCCAAUCAACAACACGAUAUGCACGAAUUUCUGCUUCAUCUCAUGCCGAGAGUUCGAUUGGAGGCCUUCAGCGGUUUGUGGCAAACUCGCAGACUGGAGGACACGGGCACUGUGAUCUGUGCAUCUUCCAAUGCACUGCUCCCGGUCACAAUUGACCUGCCCCUGGAGGCACGGGGGCUUCAGCAUUGCGUACAGGAGUGGUCUGCUCAGCAUUAUCACACCGCUUUCGAUGGCAAUCUGCCUCAUCUCAUUUGCCUCCACUUGUCGCGCUAUAGGCGUGAUGCUGAACGGGGCAUUUUCAGCAAGGAUGAUCAGGCUCUCCCGGACUGGUCUGAAGUGAUACGCAUUCCCCAAUUUGCAACGUCACAUGACAUUCAGAAGCACUGGAGACCCUAUCAGGUGUGUGCCAUGGCUCUCCACUAUGGGCCUGCCUUGCACCAGGGGCAUUACCGCUGUUUGACGCGAUGGGGUCAAAAUCCAGUGCGAGUCUGGCUGCAUGACGACAAUCAUGCAGCUGAGCCUCUCUCCUUGCCAGACUCUGUUGAGCUCAGUCGCAAAGCCUACUUGCUAUGGGCAAUGCGAAUGGACUGA